GCUGUCAGCUGGAAGUCUAUUGUUACCCCGCUCCUCAUCACGGCCAGCAAUCAGGAACAACGCCGAACAUGAAGUCCGUCACAUAACACGAAGAUUUCUGACGUUUUACAAGUUACUGCAGCUGACCGAGAAGGGUAAGUUGGGCGUACCACAGGUACCCGGACUUUAAAGAGGGGGACACACUGGACAGGUCUGCAGGAUGACGAAGGGCCCGAGGAAGAGGAGCAGCAGCACCGGUGGGGGAGAUCAGUUGGAGUCCCGAGACCCUCUGUCUUGUACGAGUGAAGAUGCAGGAGGAUCCGGGGUGGCUCUGAAGAAACGGAUCGGCUUAGUCAGCGCUUGUGGCAUUAUAAUCGGCAACAUCAUUGGAUCUGGAAUUUUUGUGAGUCCAAAGGGGGUCCUGGAAAAUGCCAGCUCAGUGGGCGUUGCCAUAAUUGUGUGGGUCAGCACAGGAGCCAUCACAGCCAUCGGUGCUCUCUGCUAUGCAGAGUUGGGUGUCACCAUUCCAAAGUCAGGAGGAGACUACUCAUACGUAAAGGACAUCUUUGGAGGACUGGCAGGUUUUCUUCGGCUAUGGAUAGCAGUGUUGGUUAUCUACCCGACUAGCCAGGCUGUAAUCGCUCUCACCUUCUCCAACUACAUCCUGCAGCCGCUCUUCCCCUCCUGCCUCCCCCCAGAGAACGGCCUCCGCCUGCUGGCUGCUGUCUGCCUGCUGUUUUUGACGUGGGUGAACUGCCACAGCGUGCGCUGGGCGACAUGUGUCCAAGAUGUCUUCACUGGGGGCAAGCUUUUGGCUCUGGGCCUCAUCAUAAUCAUGGGUUUGGUCCAAAUAUGCAAAGGCCACUACUACUGGUUGGAGCCCGUCCAUGCCUUCGAGACCUUCAAAGAGUACAAUGUUGGUCAUAUAGCUCUGUCCUUCCUACAAGGCUCCUUUGCUUAUGGAGGCUGGAACUUCCUCAACUAUGUCACAGAAGAGUUGGUUGACCCGUACAGAAAUCUACCACGUGCUAUUUUCAUCUCUAUCCCUGUGGUGACCUUUGUUUACGUGUUUGCCAACGUGGCCUACGUCACUGCCAUGAGCCCGCAGGAGCUGCUGGCAUCAAAUGCUGUGGCAGUGACAUUUGGAGAGAAAUUGCUAGGAGUAAUGUCAUGGAUCAUGCCCAUCUCUGUGGCGCUCUCCACCUUUGGGGGAGUCAAUGGCUCCCUCUUCACAUCAUCGCGGCUGUUUUUCGCCGGAGCGAGGGAAGGCCAUCUCCCGCGUCUGCUGGCCAUGAUUCACGUCCAACGUUGCACUCCCAUCCCAGCGUUGCUGUUUACUUUGAUCUCCACUCUCCUGAUGUUGUGCACAAGUGACAUUUACACCCUCAUUAACUACGUGGGUUUCAUCAACUACCUCUUCUACGGCGUCACUGUUGCCGGGCAGAUUGUGCUGCGUAUCAAAGAGCCCAAGUUGCAUCGACCCAUCAAGGUGAGCCUAUUUUGGCCAGUGAUCUACCUGCUGUUCUGGGCUUUCCUACUGGUCUUUUCUCUCUACUCUGAGCCCGUAGUCUGCGGUACUGGUCUGGCCAUCAUGAUAACAGGCAUCCCUGUGUAUUUCCUGGGAGUCUACUGGGAAAACAAGCCACAGUGUUUUGAUAUCACGAUGGGUAAAAUUACUCAUCUGUUCCAAAAGCUCUGCUCAGUGGUCUACCCUGUCAUGGACGAGAACCCAGAGCCUCCUGGGCCUCAAAAGACGGACGGCGCUGGUGAAGAUGGAAACGUUUCUGAUGAUUUGUGAUUGAUGAUUGAACAUUUGCAUAAAGACUACCUCACAUUCACUUACGAGGUUUGGAUGAAAAAAAGACACUUAAGUUUGACCCCAAGAAAAAUGCACAGAUGGAAAACAUGCUCACUUCUUGUUCUGCAUCCCUGGACUUUCAGCCUCUGUUUUUGACCGGCCUUAAUCCUGACGUCUCUGAUUUUUACUUGUAAGGGUGGGGAAAUGUGAUUGAAAUGACACUGACUUGAAACAUUGAAACUGCAAUGAUGGACCGCAGUCUUGGUUGUUUUUACAUUACAAUUGAAACCUUUUCUACUUGUUUAUCUGCACUAGUUGUUUGUUAGUUUUGGAGCACAGUUGGAAAACAUUAUUGAUAUGCAAAAUGUGUAUUGUUGUUUAUAAUAUUACCUCACUAAUAUAACACUAAAAGGACUUUUUCCAAAGGUUAAAGGCUUUUAUACACAUGAACUCCUAACAUGAAGUGCAUUUGUAUUGUCAUUGGAAGCGUAAUAUCUUGAUGUGCAUAAUGCAAUCAAUCAAUAAAUAAUUCAGAGAGGACAGACCUGGCUGUA